UUAUUCGCUCGUUUUGCUUGCGAUAUAAACCGUCAACUUUUCGUUGGCUCGUUUCUUCUUCUCUCGCAAGAAAGGAGGACACUGAAACGAAUUAGACUUCGCAGUUCACAAGCGCAACGAAACCCCCAUCCACCGGAGAAAGCGAGCUCUCGCCGGCUGCGGCAUCAGGAAUUCAGGAUGGCCCGCUACGACCGCGCGAUCACCGUCUUCUCCCCCGACGGCCACCUCUUCCAGGUCGAGUACGCCCUCGAGGCCGUCCGCAAGGGCAACGCCGCCGUCGGCGUCCGCGGCACCGACACCGUCGUCCUCGGCGUCGAGAAGAAGUCCACCCCCAAGCUCCAGGACUCCAGGUCCGUGCGCAAGAUCGCGAGCCUGGACACCCACAUCGCGCUGGCGUGCGCGGGGCUCAAGGCCGACGCGCGCGUGCUCAUCAACCGGGCGCGCGUCGAGUGCCAAAGCCACCGCCUCACCGUCGAGGACCCCGUCACCGUCGAGUACAUCACGCGCUACAUCGCAGGGCUGCAGCAGAAGUACACGCAGAGCGGAGGGGUGCGUCCCUUCGGCCUCUCCACGCUCAUCGUCGGAUUCGACCCCUACACCGAGAAACCCGCGUUGUACCAGACCGACCCCUCGGGGACCUUCUCCGCCUGGAAGGCCAACGCCACCGGCCGCAACUCCAACUCCAUGCGCGAGUUCCUCGAGAAGAAUUACAAGGAGACGUCCGGCAAGGAGACCAUCAAGCUCGCCAUCCGAGCCCUCCUUGAGGUUGUUGAGAGUGGUGGCAAGAACAUAGAGAUCGCAGUGAUGACACACAAGGAUGGCCUUCACGAGCUCGAAGAGGCUGAAAUCGAUGAGUAUGUUGCCGAGAUUGAAGCAGAGAAGGCGGCCGCCGAAGCUGCAAAGAAGGGCACGCCAAAGGAAACCUGAUUCAGCGUGAUUAUAGCUCUUGAUCCCUGUUCCGCAGCAUGUCUUAUUUUCCUCUUGUUUUCGAGGAAUGGCUGGGUUGUUUGGAUGUUUAUUUCUGAUCGAGCUGCUUGGUUUAAACUCACGCUAUGUGAUGACUUUUGUGGUUGUUGUUGCGGUGGCCUAGUGGUCUGUCAGUAUAGAUCUGAAAUCUGACAAUGGUAGAGUGAUUCCUGUCUUGAUUC